AUGCAUGACCCGUCAGCUUUCACGGCUGAAGACAAGCAACGCCACCCAUACAUUUCAUCCGUUCUCGAACCCAGCACGCAGAAAGUGGUCGCCACUGCUGCGGUUCGAAUCUACUACGCGCCUUUCAAUAAUCCUCAUUUGAACUGGAGUUACUCUAAGCUCAAAGGAAUUUUAGUCUUUGGACGCGACCGAGACGCACACCAUGACACGUCUCCCCCGAAGCGAGGCGAACAUGGUGUGCGUCUCAAGGAGAAAUACUGGUUUCGCCUCGUUGACAUCAAGACCGACCGUGUAGUUUGGACGUUCUCCGUCCCCGAGGUCUUCGAGUACACGAGAGACAAACCAUUCUUUCACUAUUUCUCAGGAGCAAGUCGCAUGUUCGGACUUUGCUUCGACGAAGACGAAGAAGCAAGUGUCUUCUACAAAAAAGUCUCGGAUCGGACGCGGCACCAUUUCUUCCAGCCCUUCCUCUUCAAAUCCGCCAAGAAGGAUAAGAAAGAGAAGCAGAAGGCCCCAAAAUCAUCUUCAGCAAACCCUCGGAUAAUCUCCAGCCCAGCGCCCAACUCCUUUGUCCAUGUGGCCCAUGUCGGAAUCUCCACUAGGGGCAUCAUCGAAUCUUCCAAGAAUAUCAAGCCGGCCUGGUCGACGCUGAUCGCGGACCUUCAGGGUCGUGGGGUGGCGCCUGAAACCGUCGAACAGGACAAGGAUUUUGUGAAAGGGUUUCUUGCCGGUGCUAAGGCUAUGACGGACAAACCAGCGGCUGUGCAGCACCAGCCAAUUUCAGCUUCCCCGGUGCCCCCCGAAAAGCGCAAGAUCCGCAGAAAAAAUGUCACUAUUCUUUAACGCGUCC